GUCAUUAGAUCAGAUAAUGGCACUGAAUACACUUCAGAGAAAUUCAAUUUAUUUUGCGAAAAAGCUGGAAUUGAGCACCAGCUUACGGUUCCUUAUUCUCCACAACAAAAUGGAGUCAGCGAAAGGAAGAACAGAACUAUUAUGGAGAUGGCUCGGUGUCUGUUACAUGAGAAGAAUCUUCAAAAAAGGUUUUGGGCAGAAGCAGCAAAUACUGCUGUUUUUUUGCUGAACAGGCUGCCUACAAGAGCAGUGGGAAAGAAGACUCCAUUUGAGGCUUGGUAUGGCGUUAAACCUCAAUUAAACAACCUUAAAAUUUUUGGUUGUUUGUGUUUUUCACAUGUUCCACAGGUCAAGAGAGACAAACUUGAUGAGAAAGCUGAACAAGGAAUUUUUGUUGGCUAUAGUUCAGUUUCUAAAGCCUACAGAAUUUUCCACCCUCACACAGGGAAGGUUAUAACUAGUAGAGAUGUUCAAUUUCUUGAACACGAACAGUGGGACUGUAAUGAGGAGUCUCAAACUGGAGAGCAAAUUACACCUCUUGUUCCUGAUGAAUUAAUUGAUGAUGAACCUGUAAGGGGAACGAGAACACUUUCAGAUGUUUAUCAAAGGUGUAAUGUUGCGGUGUUGGAACCAGCAGGUUAUGAAGAAGCAAAAUCUGAUCAAAAGUGGAUAGAAGCGAUGAAGGAGGAGCUGGCCAUGAUUGAAAAAAACCAGACCUGGGAGCUAGUAGAAAGGCCGCUUGACAGGAAAGUAAUUGGGGUGAAAUGGGUUUUCAGAACAAAGCUCAAUCCGAACGGCUCUGUGAAUAAAUACAAAGCGAGAUUAGUAGUGAAAGGCUACGCACAAGUUUGGGGAGUAGACUUCUCUGAAACAUUUGCUCCGGUGGCACGGUUGGACACCAUCCGAAUGCUAUUAGCAUUGGCAGCACAACAAGGUUGGAAGAUUUUUCAACUAGAUGUGAAAUCGGCUUUUUUAAAUGGCUCAUUGCAGGAAAAAAUUUAUGUUGAGCAGCCAGAAGGUUUCAGUGUGCCAGGACAUGAAGAGAAGGUCUGCCUUUUAAAGAAAGCUCUUUAUGGGCUAAAACAAGCCCCAAGAGCUUGGUACAGCAGAAUAGAUGAUCAUUUGCUGAAACUAGGCUUUGAAAAAAGCCUAAGUGAAUCAAAUCUGUAUGUUAAGAAAACAGAUUCUGACAUUAUAAUCAUCUCUCUCUAUGUAGAUGAUUUGCUUGUCACAGGAAAUAAUGUUGUACAGAUUGAAGUAUUCAAGAAGGAGGUGAUGAAGGUCUUUGACAUGACAGACCUUGGUGAGAUGAAUUACUUUCUUGGAUUGGAGAUCAAGCAAGGUCAGAAUGAAGUUUUUAUAUGUCAGAAGAAGUAUUUGAAGGAAAUUCUGAAAAGGUUCAGAAUGGAUGAGUGCAAGAGUGUAAACACUCCAAUGAAUCAAAAGGAGAAGUUACAGAAAGAAGAUGGAGCUGAAAGAGUUGAUGAAGGAGUAUUUAGAAGCCUAAUUGGAUGCUUAAUGUAUCUUACAGCAACAAGACCUGACAUCUUGUAUGCUGUAAGUGUUUUGUCCAGGUUUCUAAAUUGUGCUAGUAAAUUGCACAUGAUGGCAGCCAAACGUGUGAUUAGGUAUCUCAAAGGGACUCAAACCUUUGGUAUCAAGUUCAGCAAAAGUCAGAAUUUCAAACUCCAUGGGUAUUCGGCGGUGAUUGGGCAGGUCCAUUGGCGAUAUGAAAAGCACCUCUGGUUUUGUUUCACUUUUGGGUCGAGUGUUUUUCAUGGUGCUCAAAGAAACAAGAAAUGGUGGCUCGAUCGGCGGAGCGGAAUUUAUUUGAAACCUGAGAAGAUUCAAGGGCAGAUUUGGAAAAGAAUUGGCUUUUUGGAUAAGAAAUGGAAAAAGAAAAGCCUCCGUGAGAAAGCGGAAGACAUAUUUCAUGUACUGAGUAGAAAGAAAUUUGUAUUAUUAUUAGAUGACAUAUGGCUGCGAGUUGACCUUGAAGAGAUUGUGGUUCCUCUACCUACUAGACAAAACAGAUGCAAGAUAGUAUUCACAACACGCUCUUGCAGAGUAGGCGGGCAAAUGGAAGCUGAAAAGAUGAUAAAAGUAGAACCUUUGGCUUGGAAAGAAGCUUGGGCGUUGUUUCAGAAGAAGGUUGGGGAUAUUGAUUUUGAUAUUGUUCCUCUGGCUCAAGAUGUUGCUAAAGAGUGUAGUGGGUUGCCAAUCGCACUCAUUACCAUUGGCAGAGCAAUGGCCAGUAAAAUUACAAAGGAAGAAUGGGAGCAUGCUCUUGAGGUACUUAGAAGCCCUGCCUCAAGCUUACCAGGCAUGGAGGAUGAGGUAAUUCAAGACAUGGAGGUUGAGGUAUUUGUAAGAUUGAAGUUUAGUUAUGACGGUUUGCUUAGUGAUAAAGUUAAAUUUUGUUUCUUAUAUUGUUCCUUAUUUCCGGAAGACUUUGAAAUUGAGAAAGAUGACUUGGUACAUUAUUGGAUUUAUGAGAAUUUUUGUGCUCGCAAUGAGGCAUAUUCUAUAAUUGGCACUCUCAUUGGGGCAUGUUUAUUGGAAGAGAAAGGCCGACAUGUGAAAAUGCAUGAUGUGAUUCGUGAUAUGGCUUUGUUGAUAGCAUGUAAAUAUGAAAAAGAAAAACAUAAGUUUUUUGUGGAAGCGGGUGCCCAAUUAACUCGAGUACCAGAGGUUGGAAAAUGGGAAGUAUCAAAGCGGAUGUCCUUGAUGGCAAACUCCUUCGAGAGAAUCCGUGAAGUUCCUAGAUGUCCUAAUCUUUUGACUUUAUUUCUCAGCAAUAAUCGUAAUUUGAGUGAGAUCAGUGAUGGUUUCUUUCAGUUUAUGGGUACACUAACCGUUUUAGACCUAUCAAGUACUAAUAUCAAAAAAUUGCCGGUAGGAAUGUCAAAAUUGAACUCAUUGCAAUAUCUUAAUCUGUCAUGGACGUUGAUAAGUCAAUUGCCAAUUGAGUUGAAAAUGUUGGUAAAUCUGAAAUAUCUGAACUUGGUGGGUAAUUUCGAGCUAAAUAUGAUUCCAAGGGGAGUCAUAUCCAGUUUAUCAUCAUUGCAAGUUUUGAAAAUGUACAACGUUGGUUUUAUUUGGGUCGAAAAAUUGGAAGAUAAUAUAUUGAGGGAAGAGAACAUGCUAAUAGAGGAGCUACAAUGUUUGGAACACUUGAAUGAAUUGAGCAGUACAAUAAGAAGUGUCUCAGAUCUCCAGAGUUAUGUCAACGCCCACACAUUACUCAACUGUACUCGAGCUCUAUGGCUUAAUUUGUUUCCAAGUCCACAAUCUCUCAACAUUGGUGGUUGGCAAAUAUGA